AUGCCGAACUUCCAGAAAGCUCAGGAGCACAAGCGGGAGUUCACCGAGAGCCAGCUGAAGGAGGGCAAGAACAUCAUCGGGCUACAGAUGGGCACCAACAAGGGCGCGUCACAGGCGGGCAUGAGCUACGGCCGGGGUGCCCUCCGAGAACAGCUCAGCAGACCCAGGCUCCCCCUGCGGCAGGUGCUCAGCAGGCUGGUGAACAGCCUCUACCCCGACGGCUCCAAGCCCGUCAAGAUCCCCGACGCGCCGCCCACCAUGGUCUUCAAGCAGAUGGAACAGAUCGCCCAGUUCCUGAAGGCGGCCGAGGACUACGGCGUGGUCAAGACAGACAUUUUCCAGACCGUGGACCUGUUUGAAGCCAAGGACAUGGCAGCGGUGCAGAGGACGCUGAUGGCCCUGGGGAGCCUGGCAGUCACCAAGAACGACGGGAACUACCACGGGGACCCCAACUGGUUCAUGAAGAAAGCUCAGGAGCACAAGCGGGAGUUCACCGAGAGCCAGCUGAAGGAGGGCAAGAACAUCAUCGGGCUACAGAUGGGCACCAACAAGGGCGCGUCACAGGCGGGCAUGAGCUACGGCCGGCCCCGGCAGAUCAGGGGCACAGAGGGCACGCAGCCCCCACAGAUGCAGCACCCGGGGCUGGGAGAUGCUGUGUGA